AUGAAUCGGAUAGCGCGUCAUUUGCGGAAUGUAGCCCGCCGAAAAGGCUCGCUCCUUCUGCUUCUCAUGAUGAGCGUCUCGUUGCUGACAGGCACGGACGCCAAAGAAGACAGUAAGUUAGGGGAGGAGGAUGAGGAUUUCGGGUGGAAUGCCGAAGAACCGCCCGAUGGGCCACCCUCCGACGGGGGCAUCCCUCUGGUUCGCAAGGAAGAGUUUACUAACAAUCAGCUAUAUGCUGAAGCCUAUCAGAGUUAUAUUCAGGCUCUCGCAUGUAAGUUGUUCUUGCAAAAUAUUCAGAUUAAAAACGACGAAGGCCGGAAAGAAUUGUGUCACGCCAUAAUAUAUUCUGUUCAGAUCCCGCCCGAUUAGUUGUUCGUCCCGAUUCCUCUACGGUCGUUGAUGAGUCCAAGAUCUCUUUCUUCUGUAGAGCCGAUGGAAAUCCGUUGCCCAGUGUCAUCUGGAGAGUUAACGGAAAGUCAAUCACGGAUCAUAACCGGUAAGUUAUGAUGUCUGAUUAGCCGGAUUCGAAUAACUUCUUCAGCACGGUGAAUUUUUAUGGGGCGCAGUGGAGAGUUCGGUCCUCGUCCCGUGAACUGUCUGCUGCUUAUUUCGCUGGCCGGCGUCACGCUCCCCAAGCCUUUUUCCGCGCACCAAAACUUCUAAUGCGUGCUGUUUGAAGAAUACAGAUUCAUUUCUCCUGAUUUUUUGAGAAUGAGUUCAUUAUGAUUGAAACUCGCAAGCAACAACGAGAAACUCGCAGAAAUGUCUAGGGGUCACUGUCAAAACAGUUUUUUUUUUCGAAAUAUGACAGCUAGUGCGUGCUUUUUGUAUCUCUUUGUUAGUUUACAUCAUAAUGAACUCAUUCCCAAGAAAUCAAAUGAAAUUAAUUAGUUUCUUCCGACGGCACGCAUCUGAAGUCACGGAACAGCCAAGGAGCGCGCGGCGCACUUUCCAAGCCUUCUUCUGUGCGCCAGAACUUCAGAUGAGUGCCGGUGAAAGAAAACUAAAUAGUUAAUUCAAUGAAUGAGAUUAAUCAGUAUUUCUCCGGUGGCACGCAUCUAAAGUCCCUGGAACGCUGUAUCUGAGCCUCCGUGGACGACCGGCUGCCGUUCGGCAAUGUUUUGGUACCAAAAGUAAACCGGUCGGGACCAACUUUUUUGCAGUUAAGAAAAAGCUUAUUUAAUCUGGAAAAAAAGUACGCGGAUGAUUAAGAAUUGUACGGUCCAGUUUUUGAGAAAAAUCCGAAAAGCCGGUUUUGGCCAAUAGAACGGCGAUGGCCGCCGAGGCCAGGGACUAGAAACCUCCGCGCGACCCCCAGGAAAAAUCACCGUGUUCAGCAUUUCCAUCAAAUCCCUCUCCACGGGCUUAUCAACUCUUCGCUUCGAACGAGUUUCCGUUGAUGACAACGCUACCGUGAUCUCUUGCUCCGCCGAUAACGGAGUCGCGAAUCCGGUCGUCGCAGAAGCCUCUCUGACGGUCAUUCCACGAGAUAAACUGCCCUCUGGAUUCCCACAGAUAGAACUCCAUCCAUCACUGAAAUCAGUGGAGCAGGGAAAGACUGCCUAUGUCUCUUGUCGGGUACGUUCCUUUCUAUUACUUACUUUCAAAUUCAAUCGUUUAGGUUCGCGGCGAUCCACGGGCAAAAGUGCUCUGGUUGCGUGAUUUGAUUCCUCUGGACAUUCGAGCAGACGGUAGAUACUCGGUCAGUACAAUCGGAAAUCCGGGAGCUCUCAUGAUCCAGCACGCUCGGGAAGAAGAUCAGGGAAAGUACGAGUGCAUCGCGAGGAAUUCUCUGGGUGUUGCCCACUCGAAAGCAGCAAACCUCUACGUCAAAGGUCAGUUCCAGGGUCCCUGGGGUCCGUUUCCGGCAACUGAACCGCCCGGCCGACUGAUUAGUACCUACUUGUUUAUUCAUUAGCGCCUUGUUGCGGUCCUCUGCUCUAUUCACUUCGAGAAAGAAGAGAGAUGGCGACAAAAAGUGUUCAAAUUUGCAUUAAUAGGUUGUCUCCAUUCUCAUCUUUCUCUCGUUACUCCCAUUCCGUUGUCAUCUCUCCCUCUCUUUCUCUCUCUUGUCCUUCCGAUCACAUUUGCAUUUGUUUGAGCAUGUGGCCUGAUAUCUCGCUCUCCGGCCACUUUCAUUCGGUCACUUGUUCUCCUCAUCAUCGUGAUUUUCAUGAAGGAAAGGUGUGAGCGCCACUGAUUUAUAGUUAUUCUUUCGCUCGUUAGGAAAUUCUGAGACACUCUUUCUCUUCCUACAUUAUCUUCUUCACUUCCGGUCUGUGUCUCUUUGCUCAUUCGAGCGGAAUCUCUGAUUUAGAUGUCACUUUCCGUUGACCUUUUCACAUUCUUUCUCAAACAGAAAACGUUACCUUUAAUCUCUUCGCCAUUCUCUCAAUUACCUUCGAAGUUCUAAUUGCGCGAAAGCUUCCGUGCUGUCCGUAAGCGCCGUAAAACAAAUUGCUCUGCAGCUUCCGGGGAGCCCUUCUCAAACUGUGGUCAGCAGUAAUUGGAGGUCAUCUGGAAGAUGUCGGGGCAGCCAGGCGCCUUCCCGACAUGUGUGCUUUAUGUGCGCCACGACACCCGAUGACCAGCAAUUUCUCAUUUUUAUGACAGCCGGCCACAAAUUUCGAUGAUUCGAGCCGUCCUCCUCAGAUCUGAUCACCGACGUCGUCGCCUCUCCCUACUUCUCCGAUUCUUCUUCUCUUCCUCCUCCAUUACAGUUGUAAAUCCCGGCAUGCUUUCAGCAAUUAAAGCUGCGCGAAAUGUUUGCAUAUGCUAAUGGAUCAGUGCGCGAGAGAGUGCGCAGAUUGAGGAAAAGCUGAGAUCUGAGUGUUUAUGACAGUUUAUUCGAUUGGGUUCAUCAUCAUCUCACCCGCUUCUUCGUCCCUCGUCCUUUUCGCUCGUCUCCUUUCCAGCCGGUUUCCGGUCACAUCUGUUCUUGUCACUGCGAAGCGCCGCCCGUAAAUCAACAAGUUGAACUACCUUUAUCCGUCCUCGUCCGCCUGUUGAUUAGAUGAAUGUUCUUCCCAUUAUUCGUACACAUUCCGGCCGCUCCGUUGAUCACUUCUCGCCUUCUCGUUAGCCUUCGGAUAAUGUUAUCACUUCCUUUAGCUUCUUUUAGCAUCUAUCUUUACACUCUGAAGCAGGUUUCUUUCCGUUCUGUUCUUGUUAUGACGUACUCCUUCGAGCUCAGUCUACCGUAAUCCGUCUUCUUCUUCUUCUUCUUCUUCCCCUUCGGCUCCUAAUGACAUGUUAUCCGCUCCCAUAACAAUACGAUGACAAACAGUGAGUCGUUCGAUUGGCUUACAACAACUCCUUGCAUUCCUUGAGUUCCACCCUAAGUACUUCCUCUUUCUCUCUUUCUCCUUCUCCCAUCUUUCAUUUCAUUUCUCCCCGAUUCAACUCCUCGAUAAGUCGUUUUCUUCCAAACUGCUCUCCCAUAAAGUUUCGGCCCAUAAACCAACGCAAAGAAGGGAACAUGUCCCCAAUUAUCUGGCUCUCAAUCAAAAUGCGCUCUUUUCUUUCCCCCGUUUGACUUCCAAUGCUGCUCCACCCCACUUUGUCAUCCUCCAAAAAUUGAUUGAUCCUGCCAAAGUUCUUCUUUUUCUUUCCAAUCUCUCUUAUGAUUUAUCUGUCACGUGUGACCGCCUCCUCAUACUUUUUGCGACAUGAUGGAAGACAAAGAAGCUUCGGCUGCGGCGGCACGGCAAAUAAUUAAUUCGGAGGAGCACAGCGGCGGCGGCGAGCAGCAAAAGAAGCCUCCGUCGACGAAUUCUCGAGCAGUCCCACGCGUUUUUUAACCGCUCCUCCUUCGUUUUCUAUUCAUUUUCCCCGCUGUUCCGUACUAUAUCAGAGUGUUCGCAUCUGGACGUUCUCUCCGAGAAUUCUCCUGCACGCGUACUUAUCCAUGCGUGACUACUGACCGUAUGUCUCCCCGUUUACCUCAUUUUUUCGUUCCCAACCAACCCGUUCAUCCAUCUCGAUUACAAAUUAGUGCAGAGUGCGUGAGAGACAGUGAUAAUAUGUGAGACUCAGACCGAACAGGCGUGCUCCGCGAGAGCACUAGACCCGAGGUUUUUGAUUGAAAAAUUUGAGGUGUCUUCGAUCGGAAAGCAAGUGACAUUUUAUCAUUAAUUGAGGGCCAUUAGUCAGUGUCCGUGCCCGUUGAUCCACACGCUUCUCCUCACUUUUUGAUUGUGUUUCUCUCAAUUUUCCGUCUUUUCUCACUCGUUUCGUACUCGAACACUUCCGAAAACCUGUGCUCCAAAGACGUUUCUCUUCUUUUCCAGACACUUCUUCUCUUUUGCAGGAAGACGGGGGUUCGGUUACUAAUUCCAUCCUCUCUCUCUCCUAAUUCCUCUUUAUUUUCUCAAGUGUAUCCGAGCAGCUUGUCACUACUGCUUCACUCGCUUCCCUUUCCCGCUCUACUUGCUCUAGUUGUAGACAAUGAGAUAACGAGCGAUGCUGUCUCCUCCGGUUGUGCUAUUUCUGGCGGUGCUCACCGGAAGCACCGCUCCUUUCCUCGACAAUACCCUCCCAUUGUACCUCUUCAAAAACCUAGACACCAAAGAAACGAGCACAGUUCUGACAGGUUUGGUCGCCGAAAAAGGUUCCCCAAUUCCCAAUUCUUCCCCACCCAUCUAAUUGAUUUCUUUCUCAGUCCGAAGAGUGCCUCCCUACUUUUCCUACAAACUUGAACGGCAGUACGUCGUGGGCGUCGGAGGAAACAUCAAUCUGACAUGCGUGGCCGUCGGCUACCCUAUGCCACGUGUCUUCUGGAAGAAGACGGAUCAAAGUGAGCUCAGAUUUAUAGAAAAACUAUACAUCAAGUAUAAACGUUCAGUGGUACUGGAUGAUCCCUCGACUGCUCCGAUCGGGAAGAAUGUGCUCACUCUGACUCACGUGGAAUCGACGGAAAACUUUACUUGUGUCGCUGUCAGUGCUCUCGGAAACAUCGAAGCGACGACAACUGUCAUUGCAAAAGGUAUUUCUGAGUCGAUCUACCAGUCCAACUAGAAAUGUCUAUGUUCAGAACUGCCGCCCGCACCGACGAGCAUCGUCGUCUCCUCCGUCACAUCAGAAUCUGUCGUCAUCUCCUGGAAACCGCCAAAGUACAAUGAAGUCAUCAACAAAUACUUCGUCAAGUACAGACUAAAGUGAGUAUUUCUGAUGUCAUUUUCUGAUGGUUCGCGAGUGACUGCAUGGUUUGAAUUGUUUGUCAGAUCCGACAAAAACGACGAGACAGUGUUCACGAAGGAAGAAGAAGACGAAGCAGAAAAGGAUGAGAAGGACGACGAGAGGUGUGUGGCCUACAGUAACCCGAAAUGAGCACGUGAUUUUCUGUUGCCGUGACAUGAUCAAUACUAGAUUAGACUCAAAAAUGAGUAGUAAUGAUUCAAAAUGUUCAGAUACGCAGAAGGAAGAUCUUCUCGUGGAAAGACUGUAGAAACUCUGGAGACUAGUCUCGUCAUCGACAGUCUUGUGCCCUUUCAGGUAAAAAUAAACAAAACAAUCAUUCUAAAAACUUCUUGGAUUCUAGACAUACGAGUUCACAGUCCGAAGUGUCGGCCCAGUUGGAAUGGGAAUGGAGAGCUUGCCAGUGGAGGCCCAGACCAUGACCAGCAAGCCAGCAAGUGCUCCAGUGAGUCCGCAAGCGAGAAGUCUCAACCGAGAUUCGAUUCUUGUGAAAUGGGGGCCAUGCGAAACACCGAACGGAUUGAUAACUGGCUAUAAAGUGUACUACACGAAUGACGUGGCAACGGUCCCUUUAAAUCAAUGGAAGCAGGUAACGGAAAGAAAUGAACAUCCAAUAGUUUGAGAACAAUGUUUAUAGCACGAUGCCAAGUCAGAUGAAUUCAUGACUACGAUCAAUGGACUUGAGCCUGACGCGCGAUAUCAUUUGAAAGUGGUGGCUCAGAAUUCGGAAGGAGAUUCCCCUGCCUCCACGCUGGUCACUGUAGCCACGCGCCAAGGAAGUGAGUCUCCCAUUUUCUUCUCAACUUCUCACUCUACCUUUUCAGUCCCCGGCCAGCCUCCCAUGUUGAAAGUGAAGGCGCUCGACUCACGAAGAAUGCAAUUGACGUGGGAUAAACCUCUUUAUUCUUCGCCCGUUGUCGGAUACACUGUCCGAUAUAACACGUCCGACGGAGAGAAGGAGCUGACUUUGACGUCGCCGCACGAGAAACAUGUGGUCACCGGACUGCAUCCGGAUAAGUAUUACUACUUUAGGUGCGUCUGCAAUUGACGGCAACUCAUCCGAAUCUUGUUGUUGUUUAGAGUUGCCGCGUAUUCGGAAAGAGGUCAAGGAGAGUUCACCGAGCCAAUGAUUGCCAAAACGAUCCCGUCCAGUAAGUUCUUCAUUCGGAUAUUAUCAGUACUAGUGGUUGUGUUUCGUUGUAUCGUCCCGUGCUUUUCAGUUCCUCUUUCCUCCCCAACUAUCCUCUCUGCCGCGGCAACCUCCUCGAAAAGUGUCGAAAUCCGAUGGAGAGGUCCCGAACAGAAGAAACUGAAUGGUGUCUUGACGGCUUAUCGGAUUAGUUUCCUCCGUCUCGAGGACUCGAAGCCUUCGCCUCAUCCGGAUUCCGAAUCCGACGAAUACGACGAGGACGUGGCCGACGACUCUCUCGAAAGGAUGUCUGUUGUGGUGCCCAGUGACGUGACCUCCUACGUUCUCUCCGACCUUCUACCGUACUCUUCUUACGAGAUUACGGUAGCUGCGUCUACUAUGGACGGCUACGGCCCGGAGAGCGCAUCUCGUGUUGUGAAGACCCUUGAAGACGGUUAGUCACUCUUUAAUCUCAUUCUUUUUCAGCGGGCUCCGAGGAAGAGUCAACAGCGCCUGGUAAGUGGACACUGAUGUGGAAAACAGAUUGAGGCAACCAAAAAUACAUUACGAAACAAACGAUGCGGGUUUUUUCGUGGGUGGACAAACUUGUGAUGAGUCUCCGGAGCAGCAGAACAGCGGCUCCUUUCCCUUCUCUUUCUUCCUGCUUAAUGUGUGUUUGUGCUCCACUGCUUCAAUUUGGCUCGUCGAGCCCGCUCUUCUGCUGCUCCACUCUCUUUCUCAAAACGUUCCCCCCAAAAAAAACGAUUUAUCCGCCGUUUUAUACUGGUCUUCUUCUUCAUCUUCUCUCCCAUUUGCAAAAGAGUGGUGAGAUAUUGAAAAUGAGGUCAUGCAAAAGGGAAGUAUUCGUUUGCCCCGCCGAGCUGCCAGAUAAAUGGUACGUUUCGGGCGGCUCAUCGUCAUCAAUUCUGGGGCACUUUGCCUCUUGCCCGACCGCAUUCAUCGCCCCGACACCGCCCAUCAAUCUUCCGAAAUGGGCGGGGGUUCUGCCAGUGCCACCAGCUGUUUGUCGCCGGUGACUUCCUUCCAAUUCAAGUCGCAAUGCGGACAGGUGCGCGGAAACGCCAUGGGCGCGCGCGGAAAGUGUCACAUCGAAUCGUCAUCAGAAGUUGAUGGAAAUAUUUCGAUUCGACUAUGUACAUAACACCACAAUUAUCGCCUCAUUCGCUUAGUUAUCCGCCCAUCCAUUUUAUAAUACUUGUACCCCGUGGAUGGCCUACGGAAAAUGGUUCAUUUCGUGCAUAAUCCACUCUGAUGCAUGACAGAUGGCCCUUUUCCCACAGAUUCUCUCUUCGCCGCCGCCUCCCGUUCAAUUCUUUCCCUUCGAAAGCUUACCAUACUGAUCAGAUCAGAGCCAGUCAGUUCAUCAUCGUCAUCGAAGUGUAUAAGCUCUUUUGCGCGAAGAAUCUGUUCGCGUUCUUCUCGUUAGUGUUGCAAGCUGUUCUAUUCUAUUAUAAUUUGAUCGCUUAUCUUACUCGAAGCCGCCGCCGCACUGAAUCCCCCAGCGGAUUCCGCCGCCUCCGAUUUUUGGACGAACACUCUGUGCCCUGCAUUUCAUCAUAUUCCGAGUUUGAUUCAUCCAAGAUGGACAUGCUCCAAACACGGCCUCAUUUGCAUUUGCUCUCCGCUCCCUAUGGUUAGUGUCCCUUUCGUACCAUACGAACGUGCUCGAGAAACACUCAAACCUUACCACAACACAUGUCUUUUUCCACUCGAGACCGUCCUCACGACCCUCUGGAUAUAUUGUGCCCCUAUAUAUUUCUAUCCAUCUUUCCAUAUGAUACGUCCGUUCGUUUUCCGUCCUCUUCUUCUUCUUCUUGCGUACGGCUUCGAGACGAGUGAGCGCCGUAUUUGCGGGUCCCUCGAAUAUUAGGUUACAUUCAUUUCGCACCGCCUCCAAGUGUUUUGCUCAAUUUCCAAGUGUGUCGAAACGCGCGUUUCCACUGCUCGGCUCUUGGAGACCGUUCUGCCGAAGUUGUCUAAAAUGGGGGAAUUCACAAAUUCGUACGAAAACCGCGAUGCCAAAUUCUCGGAAAAAAAUGCCAAAAUCGCGGAUUGUUGCAUGCGCCAUCGUCAGUUCAAAAAACGGAAGCUUACUGUAAAUGCGCGUCAAGUAUGGCGCCUGCAAGAAUCCGCGAUUUUGGCAUCCGCGGUUUUCGGUUUUCCCCGUUUUGGCACGGCCUCCAAAGCCCAUUUUUUCAGUAUGAUUUUUCAUUUCUCACCCGAUUUGGUCUACGGAUUUCGCUUUCAUCUUGACCGCCCCUCCUCGUUUUCUGUUGACAGGUCGACCCAUCAUAUAUCAAAUAAUGCGUCGAGAGGCCUGCCUGCGCGUAUGCGUUAACACCAGUUAUUCGCGCUUUUCGUGUGCUUGACUCAUAGUGGACGGCGCUCAUGCUCUCGACGCUCUUCCCGGAGGUUCCGAAACUUUUUUGCACGAGCGGCCAAAAUUUUUUGUUUUGCCUUUUUGCGAAAACUGAAUCCAUCUCAUAGUACUUGUUUCUGAAAAGUGAAGCCUGAAACCAGAUGAAGGACACUGUUCAAAUAGUUCUUUGUUAGGAACAUGGUCCGGCACAUCCUCUCCCAUUAGAAAGAAACAAUAAAAGUGAGUGAGUGACCGCCCGACGCAGGGUGAGCGUAAUAAAUUGCGCAAGGUGACCGGCCGUUUGCCCUCCGACCCACCUACCUACCUGUACACACCCACGGACUGCCCUGUCCGUCCAUCGAUUGAUUUGGGUGAGUCUUGAAUGGGUGUCUGCCAUGACGCAUCCCGUCUGCGUCUAGGCGAUUAGCACACUGUCUCCUAUCCGAUGCCGUCACAAUAGGCCCUCGCUCAUCUUCUUCGACACCAACGUCGCCCACCCAACAGCCAUACCUCGUUUUUUUCGUUUUCGUUUCUGUUGCUGCUGCCGCUCAAGGCAGAAUGGUUUGUUCCGGAUCAUUUGAGCGCGGUCUCCGAUCCCAUUCGUUCGUUUCGCUUCCAUGUCGAAUUCGUCCCGAGGUCCCACAGGCCGUCUUUCCAUGCCACCUUGUAAAGUCCAUUGUAAUGUGUAAUCGGUUGCCCAUUCACUCAACUCUUCUCUUUUCAAAAGUUGCGAAAAUUCCGUCUUCUCGCCCUCCUUCUUCUGCCCUGACCGCUUUUCAAUUGGCUCUUAUUAGUUUGACGGGUGGCGCGGAGCACUUGUGAAAGAAAGAUUCUUUCGCCGCUGCUCCGAGAUGCCAUCGCUUUUUUGAUCCUGCUGACCGACGGCACGAAAGCUUUUUAACAAUAGGUCAUUCUCGCGGAAGGCUCUUUAGGAUCCAAUCACUUACUGGCCAGUGGCCACCCGACUAUCCCUUAAGGUUGUUUCAUGAAACAGCUGACCCCUUCCAUUAUUUUCCCUCGCUAAAAGCAUAUUCUGGUCAUAAAGAAUUCAAAAAAAGUUCAUGCUCAAGUUGCGGUCAGACCACUUGAAACAUUGUCGCACCGACACGUUCUUUACUCAAAUGUUUGCCGCCGUACGAAUGUGUCACCUUUCGACCGUUUGUGCCCUUUCUUUCGUUUGGUGCCAGGUGCCACCACACACUCACCAUCCGACUUGUUCUUCUCGUUGAGAACGAUUCUCUCCAAGGGAAUGUCCCCCUCUAAUUCUUAAUCGGAUCUCGCUAGUUACUCGGCGUCAUGUGCUACACUCUUCAAUUCUUUUCGCCUUAUUCACUUGCCGACUUCCUAUCGAUAUUCCGACUAAAUUAAUUACACUUGAGAGACGUCUCGUAAUUGGUGAGUAGAGGUCAUUAGAUUCGUCAGCACUCACUCGCUCGGGUCCGUGCAGCCGGCUCCUCUCUCCUUCGCGCAGUGCAUUUAUGUAAUUCCCCGCCGUCCGUCAUGUUCUUUCGGAGCAUGGAGCACAUAGUCUCCUUACGACCAUUCACGCUGCCAUUUGGCAUGUUAUGAGCCCUGAGCCUCACUGUUUGCCUUUCCCAGUUGUUACUCAGCGCCAUAUGGCUCUUCUCCGUUAGGUUAUCAAUUAUUAAGAGAGCGAGCGCAUCUACGUAUGCUCUGAUUAUUAUUUUAUUAUUCACGCUUGUUGUUACAAUACACUUUACGGCGAUUGAGCAAGCACGGACCGUGUUGUGUACUAAAAGGCAGAAAGAGUAGUUUCUUUUUCUCUCUUUCCCAGAUACUUGAUUUCUUUCUUCCUCUCCCACAUCCUGCUGCGGAAAGCAUCGGAACGGUCAUUUUGUCGUUAGCAAAGAGUCGUAGGAUGGAGGAGUGCAAAGUUUUUAUUAGGUCGAAAAGCGAUUACCUAUCCGUCUAUCCACAUGUCUUUUGACCGUUCCGUUGUUCUCUGCUGAUCCGCCCGAAUCGUGUUUGACACUCGUUAAAAAAGGGCCGACAAUAAGACGGCCGGUGCGACCUUUCCAAUAAACGAAAAAAGAAUGAGAACAGCUUAUCGAAACGCCCUACCUCACUGCCAGAUGAUAAGAAUGCGAAGGGUCUCUCUCUCUCUUUCCCGCGCACCUAGUACCUUUCCUUUCUGCUCUCCAACCCUCCGCCGAUAUGUCACCUCUUCUGGUCGUGUCCCCAGGAGAGGUAAACAUUUGGGCAUCGGCCAUUCAUCUUCAAGCCACUUGUUUUGGGAGUCGUUGCGCAACCCUUCACAUUUCCUCCUCCUUCUCCUCCAGAGUUUUGUAUUGGAGCAGCAGCACAUGUCUUUGCGUCGACGACAAAUUGGAACACUUGCUCUUGUCGCUGUCCACACUUCCUCUCGAUUUAUUAGGCUCUCACGGCGUCUUCUUCUCUACUGGCCAACAAUUGGCUCCAAAGGGAGCAGGUGCGAUUUCGACUAUUCAUCGCCACAAUUAAACGAGAAAACAGCGCACACAUUUUCUUUUGAGCUCGCACUCUUUUUCCUCUCGAUUUCACUGGCUUCGCUGGAUUAGGUGACUUGCCACUCCAGAACAAUCAAUUCCCUCGUUUUCUUCCUCUCCCUCUCUCUUUUUGUGCCGCUCUCGGUAUACGAUGCUCCGCGCUUUUGCUCUUCUCUGUGAUAAUGAAAAACAAAUCCGUUGAGCAAACAGCCUCCAAUCUGCCGUACCCUGAUUCCUUAACAAAAAACUAAACGGACACCUUUUGUCAACUUUAGCUGUUUUGUAGUUUUUGCAGAACUUUGAACAUGUCUUUCAUCAGACUACAUAUUCAUCGCAAUUCACCGCCGUUGCUCGUCCAUCCAUCUCCGCUCAUUCAUAUUCCUUGCUCCUCUUCUCCCGUAUAAAUAGUCAUAUCCUGCUGACAAAAGAAGAAGAAGAAAUAUGAAGCUCGGCCGUUUUUCUCGCGGUCUUCAAAAUUGGAUGAAGUGCCGAGAGAUGUGGUGGACUCUUUUUUCAUCCAGCUCUCCGAAAAUUCGAAAGAGCCGCCGCACCCGGUCCGAAAAGCAACACGAGUAGUGAGUGCUACGGGGGCCACUAGAAUUGUAAAUUAUUCGGGCUCCCGAUGCGCGGGGCGACGCGCGUCUCUGUCUUCGCCGCGCGACUCGAUUUUUUGUGCAUGGCUUCUUCCUCUUCCUCUUCUUCCGUCUCUUCUCCUUCUCCGGAGGCAGUUCAUUCGAGCGAGCCGUCACCCCAUCCACUGGCCACUUUUGACGCAAUUUCGAAAACUUGUUCUUUUCUAAAAGCUAACCUAUUCGUCAAUCGGAAAGGACCAAAAAUACUAUCAUUUGUCGAAUGCCUCAUUUUGUUUGCCUGGCUCGUCUUCGGAUGCGUGAGAUGUCCAUGGCGUCGUCGUGCUUUCCUUGUGUUUACAAUUCAAUUAUUCUUGCUCGUUUGGCUCGGCUCCUUCCCGCCAUCCCCAAGAUAUUUUUGAUCUUCUCCCUCCCCUCCUCUCUCACUCUUUCUCGUUUCAUCGCUUUCUUCGUCGUUUACCAAAUGGUUAUUUUGCCAGAUACCCUGAAAUGGACGACUGACGCCGGUUCACUAUUACUAGAAUAACAGACACUCAGAGAGCAAUUUAGCAGAAAAACGAUGGGAACGCAUCCGCCGAUACAUGCGAUCACCAGAAUUCGCACCACCCUCUUGAUAUCUGUGCUAUUACUGGCCCCCGCGUGUCGGGGCCAACAGAAAGGUAACGAUUGCGUCCUUGAGGAGCGGAAGACGGACGACGAAUGGCAUAGAGACCGUCCGUCCGGUGGGAGACAUCAAUUAACACCCGGGGAGAGAAGAUGAAGAUUGAUAUUUGGGAAAUGGGCGAAAGCAACAACUGUCAUCCCAUAAUGAACUCAUUUUUCAGUGCCAUCAGCGCCUCGGAAUUUCCACGCAGAACUGACCAGCGCUACCUCGGUAAGAAUUUUACUUUGAAGAAGAACAGAAACAUUGGGAGACGGGGACGGGGGGGGGGGGAUUCUUUUGUUGGCGCACUCAAAAAGUGAUUAACGACAAACAUUUCCCCUUCAUCGUUAUCUUUCCCAAGAAUCUCGUAAAAGUAUCUCUUCUCGAAUUGUUUGAAAAAUGAGCGAGUGGACGAGAAAAAACGUAGUAGUGGUUGUGGCGGGCAUCCCGUUUAUCUGAUCGCUGUCCGCCCAACUGGCAGGAACUCAUUGAACGGAAGCAAUUGCAGGUCAAACUGACAUGGGACGCGCCGGCGGCAGCCAACGGCGCCCUUCUCGGCUACUACGUCUACCUGGAUCGGAUGGUGAACGGAGAGCCGGCGAUGGAGAAGAACAGCAAGAAGCGCAUCGUGAUGAUCCGAGACUCGACGAAAAGAUACUUCGAGCUGGACAGUCUUGAUCCGAACACGGAGUACUCUUUCCGAUUGAACGCAUUCAACAGGAACGGAGACGGAGAGUUCACCGAACGGAAGAACGUAGUCACUCAGGGCAUCCGUGAGUCGUUUUCCUCCGAUACGCUUCCAGACUCGUCUUUUUUCAGCUCCCGAGGCACCCGAGAUCGUGUCCGUCUCCCUGGACAGUGAUGAGCCGCCCGUGGUCGCGAGAAUCGAAUGGAAGACGCCGAAGAUGAAGCCGAAUGAGACACCGAUCGAAAAGUACAAUUUAUGGCUGCGUCCUCAAGGAUAUCCGGAUUCGUAUGUCAAAGGGAAAACGGUAGACGGCAGAGACCUGUCAACCACUAUUUCCGGCCUUUGUGAGUAUCUUUUAGUCCGUUUCUCUCCAAAGAAUGUCUCUUGUUUUCAGGGAUGGGAGUCGUCUACGACGUGUUGUUGGGGGCUGAAAAUCGAGAAGGACAGUCCAAGAACGCGACGGAGACGAUCGCGACGCCAGUCGGAAGUCCCGACGGAGAGCCGAUCGGAGUGCAGUACGAAGUGAUGAAGGGAAAGGUUGGUGAACGAGUGUCCUCUCCGAGUUUAUGACCGUGCAUUUCACAUGAUAUGUACUCGAACAUGUGAACGAAACUAGAAUAUUAUGAAUGUUGGAAAACACUUGCGAGAAGGCUCCUCCUCCUCCGUCCAGCAUCCUCUUUGUGAUUUUUAUGAGCGAGAGUGCAGAUGUUCCCGUUGCGAAUCACUCUUAGCCGGUGUCUCCUCACCACUAUAUUCUCGCUCACCUGCUGCACACUCGUUACUUCUGAAAUGACUGCAGAUCCAUUAGAGAAGGUUUCCAAUAAGUAAAUUAGGAAUUAAGAAUUCAAAAUGAAAAAUAAAAAGUACACUAUCCGUUGGCUUCCAGAUCGUCGUCUCCUGGAGACCUCCUCCAGAAGAGAAGCGGAACGGCAACAUCUCUAGCUACAAAGCUAUUCUUUCGGCGAUGGACGACAGCACCGACAGAUUCGAGAAGAUGGUGAGUCUUCAUUUCUCUCGAUCUUCUGCUUCUGGCUCAUUCUGAUUUCCUCUUUCAUUCUCCUUCGCUGCCCCUCUUCAUCUAGUGAUGUUCCCACGGUUUCUCGGUUUCUUCACGCAUUCUAUCCAAUUUUCCGGAAAUCUGCGAUACUUCCCUCUGCAGUAGGCCUCCACGUCUUCUGAAAUUGCCUUCGUUUCUCGUUUUCCACGGCAUCAGAAGCGAUAAUUAGAAGAUGUGCUUGACGAGAUUUCGACAAAGAUUUUGUGCUCUCCACCUUUCUCCUUCAUUUCUCCAUUCAAAAUGCCAAAUCGAAAUGAAAAAAGGACAGGAAGAAGAAGAAAAAGGAAAAAAAAGAAAUAAUAAUAAUUCUCUUCUUUCCUCAUUCUUUCUUUCCGUUGGCUCCGAUUCGACGGCAUUCAAUCUGCUGAAACGGAUAUUCGAGCACUCUUUUUCUUCUUCCGACGACUUCAGAAUUGUUUGGAUUGCUCUAGGCUCUCCGCAUACCACUACAAUUCGUGUAUUUUUGCAUUCUGCGCCCUCUAUUCGUACCACAAUCAUUUCCGUCGUCUUCGUCUUUUUCUGCUCUUUCCAGACGCUGUCUGAUAUCCUCUCAUUCAUUUCAUCCAAUCAUUCUUCUUCUUCUUCUUCUUCUUCUUCCGCGCGGCGCAAAUGCGACGAAGACAAUAAAAAUCUGCGGCUCAAUGAGCAUCCGAGUGGUUCGACGAGCUCUAGGAGCCCUGGUGGCUCAAACCGAAAACGAAACGAGCGGUGUGUGCAGCAGAAGACGUCGUUUUGUGUCAUCCUGACAUUUGCGGCUAACUAGUUGCCGAGUGAAGAGCACGUUCCCCCAUUCAUCCCUACGUAGUUGGUCGCUCUUCCGUCUUCUUUUUCUUCUUCCUCUUCUUCUUCCUUCCAUUUUUCUUGCUCCGCCAAAUUGUUGUUCAUCACUGUGCAGCUCCUCCGGCUGCCAACGACGACGACGCCGCGACUUCGACCGAACGGACGGCUCUUCCCUUUCUCUUUUUGCGAACCCUUUCAUUAUUUGUCAUGCUUUCCGUUCUCAUCCGUUCUCCGAAAGUGCGUUCCCCGCUCGCCGCUUCGGCUGCCACAUUCUUUUAAAGUACGAGGACACAAAUCUGUGAUGACUGGAGGAGAGUUCCAUUCACAAGCUUUUGCCCAGUCUUCUUCUUCCUCUUAUUUUUCUGCUUUCUAUUCCAUUUCUCAAUCCCCUAUCUUCGUCCGUCAUCUGUUCGUGAUCCCAUUAGAGAGAGUCCCAUCCACCUAAUCCACCCUCAUUCCAUCCCAUUCCCCAUCCGUUCCGUUCUCUUCUCAUUCUCUCCGUUCUUUCAGGUACCAGCUCCAUCGACAUCCUCCACUUUCGAGGUGAACGUGCGCAGAGCCUAUCUGUUCAAAGUCGCUGCGGCCACGAUGAAGGGCAUCGGACCGUACUCGCCCGUUCUCACGAUCAACCCGGAUCCGGCCGGUUAG